ACCACCAGAGGGCGAAAGUUGCUAAUGAAGCCACCGGAAGUUGGUUUGUUGACAUCUGUAGCAGAUUCGCUGUUUCAGGCAGCUACAGGAAUGAAUGUGACUGACGCGCACGGCGGUGAUCUGAGUCGAGGUCUGGAGGAGGUUCCCGUUUUAUUUGAAGGACUGGCAUUUCAUACUUUUCAGUACUCUCCAGAUAACGUUCAGGGGCCAGGAUCCACUGAAGACCCCAGUGAAGUUACCCUUCCUGGAUGCUCCUGCCUUUCCCACUCGUGCUGCAUUGACAGCUGUUCCUGCCUGCAGACCCAUGGCCAGACGUAUGACAGCACAGGCACGCUGCUCAACCUCAACAGAACAGACUCGGGUUUCUGCUCACCUGUAUUUGAGUGUAAUGCCCUUUGCACCUGCAGUGACGAUUGCUCUAACCGGGUGGUGCAGAGAGGGCUGCGGUUUAGGUUGCAAGUGUACAAAACCCAGGACAGGGGCUGGGGAGUCCGGACACUAGAGAAAAUCUCACACGGGGCAUUUGUAUGUGAGUAUGCAGGGGAGGUGAUCAGUUUUGAGGAGGCCAGGCGCCGACAGCUUGCCCAGAGAUCUGAAGAAAAUAAUUACAUUAUCGCUGUAAGGGAGCACGCGGGCACGGGCUCCGUCACUGAGACGUUUGUGGACCCCGCCCAGGUGGGAAACGUGGGUCGCUUUCUCAACCACUCCUGCAUGCCUAAUCUGGUCAUGGUGCCAGUGCGUGUGCACUCUGUAAUUCCCAGAUUGGCGCUUUUUGCUGGACGGGACAUUGAAGCUCAGGAGGAGCUGACAUUCGACUACUCAGGAGGAUACAGUAACCAGCGUCCUGCAGAGCUGCUGCCCAUGCAAAGUGAUGCACAGGCCAGGAGGACAGAUGGACUCCAGAAGAAAGUGUGUCGCUGUGGUUCCAACAACUGCACACAAUUCCUUCCUCUGGAUUUAUCCAUUCUCAGCUGAAAUUAUCAUGAACAUUGGGGAAAGAUUACUGUAAAACAAGAGACCUUCAGCUUUUCUUUUCUUUUGUUCUGAUGCUUAUUAAUUCAUGUCUUUGUGUUCUUAAAAUCUUCAUUAAUUCAGCUGCUUGUUAGCACAAGACAACGCAGCAUGUUGGUGGCUCCAUGAACACAAUGAGCUGGAUGAGUCAUGUCUGUGCCCAUCUCUGCUUCCUUCCUGUUUGGUCCCCUGAGUGUCUGCUGACCUGCCACUGUCUUAAUGCCGUCUCCCACUAACUGCGAGAUGAUGCAAUGAAAACAAGAACAAUUAGAUUCUUGCUGACAUUCUUAUCUGUUCUUUCACUUGUAUAAUCUAUUUCAUGUAUUAGGACAGGCUUGUUCCCAGGUGAUUUACAGUCUUAUAGUUAUUGUCCUGUCCUGGCCCAUUUCUCACACCAUACAUGAUUCUGGAAGAAGUAGUGAAGUCAUUUGCACUGGCAGGUGUGAAAGAAUGAUGUUUAAUAGGUUUCCUUUUAUAGUCACAUAGGAUCAAGAUUGGAACCUCUGGUAGAGCUCAGUGCAAGUAAAGACGUGAGAUGUUUUAUUCCAAAAAGAAAAACUCACAUAAAAGGUGAUAAUUGUCAUUUGUCUCCAUCUGCUUGACAUGUCUCUGUUGUCGUUGUGCUACACAGCCACCUUUCAUAGAUAUCCUCAGCUUCUCAUAGCACUCAAACCUCAAGAGAAGUGGGACCAAUUAAAAAGAGCCGCGGGGUAUAGUUUAUAUAGAAACAGACCUUAUUCCCCUGUCGGAGGGGGGGCAAGGUGUCCCACUUAAGUGUGACCAUUCUGAAAUCAGAACCUUCUCUCAAUCUGCCCCAUUUCUAGUCUAGACCUGCUUUCAUCUUAUUAAUAUCCACAUCUGGGUUAAUUAGGAUGGAGACCAUGUUUCAUCCAGAAAUGGGACCAGUACUCCAGCCACAGUGGGGCUGAGAAAGACCAGCGGCAGUGGUGGUGGUGGUGGAAGGAGUGGCAGUCUUCUGUUAAUUGGAGACCGCUGUCAAGUUGAUUGGUUUUCGUGUCACCCAGUGGAGAAGCAAAGUGCCGUAUCAACCUAUAUUCCUUCCUCUCUUAGGGUUACCUGGAAUUCUUUCUGUUCGUUGAGCCUAAUCUGAUCCACAUUCAAACUUAAAGGAGUCAUUUGGAUUUCUAAUAUUUUUCUUCCAAAGAGUUGGAUGAGAAGAUCCCUUGCAUCAGUCUGGACAUUUGAAAAACACCCCAGCUUUAAAGCAUUUUUAAAAUGUGCUAAAUUAAACUUUGGGUAUUAUAAAAAAAAAUACACAACAUGUCUGACACCUCCCCUGUCUGACUCCAGUAACACAGUACAAAUGUCCAGUGUUAUACAGCAGAUGCUAACAUGUAGCAUGUAGUCAGAAAUAGCCAGGCAAAGUGUCUGGAUGCUGCUGAGCCUGUGGCCUUGGACUCAACAUUAACAGAGAAAUGCAGAAAAGGAGUAAUUGUGCAUAUGUAACAUAAAAGAGAAGAGUGUACAAAGUUAUACAUCAUAUUAUAUAUCAUUUGUAUAACUCGUGUGUGCAGCAUCUGCUAUGUCUUUAGUUUAAGGUCAAGUCCUUAGAAUUCUUCUGGUCUUUUCUUUGUUUUGCCUUUUUGAAAAAUUAGAUUCCACUGUCAGUGCAAACAAAAAAAGACAAAAAACAAAAAAAAAAGAACAGAGUGUAAGAAGAAAAACAAUCGGUCUUCAAAAUCAUGACUCAUGUCAUUUUAUUUUGAGUCAAUGUCCCUGGAAUCCCCAUGGCAACCGGCUGUGUGUACAGGCGGUGGUUUGGACAGCAGCGGUUGGUUCGGAGGUGCACGAUGGAUGAGCUCAAAUCCUGGCUGCUACAUGUAUGGCUCCUUUCCAGGGUUGUCACCUAGCAACCAGCAGUUAAUCACAUGAGGUGAACUUCCCUACCAGACACCCUCCCAGCUCCCUCCACCAGUCGGGGGAAAAAAAUAAGCCAAACAUGCUUUACAGUGCCAUGUCACUGUGGGACUGGAUUUUGACCGUAGACUGCGGUCAUUGUUUCUGCAUGUGUGUGGUAGCGGCUUGAAUCAGUGUUCAGGACAAAUCAAGAAACUGGAAUGUCCAAAAAAUUCCACAAUAGGAUGACGUGCUGUUUCAUACCAGUGUGACUAAAAUGUACUCUUUUGGAUCUUUUCGAGAAUUUUUGGUAUUUAUUUUAUGAAAUGUUACUUGGAUAUCUGCAUAAAGAACUUCUGCUAACAUAACUUCAAAGUGAGACUGUGCAACCUUUGACAGUACACAUUCUUUUUUGUAGCGGGUCAUUCAUAAAUUAAAUAGCUCUGAAUACUAAAAACAUGCACUACAGCUCUAUAUUGGGUUUCUAUGUGGUGUCAGAAUCCUAAAUUGGGAAAUUUAAGAACAUGUCAAAAUACAGCAUUCAAGUUAUUGCUGUGUAACUGAAAUUAGUUAACCGACUCCAAGAAUUUAUUGCUGCGUUAGAAUGGUGCAGAUAAACAUGUCAUGGGUUAUCGCUGAAGUAAAACAAAAAGCAAACACUGUAGCUGGGUAGAUGGCAUGUUUGUACCUUCCUGUUUAUGAUCUUUGUUUUCUCAGAGUGCCUCAUGAUGAUGGAUUUAGUAACGGUUAAUUCAUCAUAGAAAUAAGUUUCAUGUCUUUUCUGUAGAAAGUUCAGUGACAAUUUUAACACUGUCUCUUUUGCAAAGGGUAAACAAGCAGUUAGUCACCAUACUUAGCAUUAGGACAGAAAAUGGCUUCCCGCAAUGCACUAUUUCUUCUUCACUCAUCUCUUUGUCACUCUGUGUUUAUACAAAACUC